UAUGGCGGUGAAAGCAGUCCGGUAUUCGUAGGUACGUGUUGUUUUGUUAUGCCAUGUCAUGUCAUGUCAGAAGUUGAGUUUACUCAUGCAUAUUUGCUAUCAGCAAUUCCAAGCUACCUGGUGAGGUUUUUGUGUUCGUGUUUACAUUGUCCUGGUUAUAACGUUUCAUUUUUCAGCUUACAUUGAAACACUACUUUUCGCCUGUGUGAUAUGUGUAAGUCUCAGGUGGUAGGUGUUCCUGUAUACCCGGAUGAUUCAUGGGAACGGCAAUUGACACAUUGAAGAUGUCUCAGGAGUGAUUACGUGCUGACAUGAACCUACGAAAGUUGUGGACAUUGCCUGUGAUUCAGUUGCGAAUCUAUGGGACAUUCCAACAGGCGACUUGCUACAUACUAAGCACAACAGUUUAACGACAUGUAAUGCCUGAAUAGAGUCGGCGUAGUGUGCUCCUGAGGACUGAGAUUUAACAGCUAUGCAUGCUGAAAGAGCAUUUGUGCUUUGCGUGUAUUUCUUAUUGGCUGUACACGGCGACACUAGAACUGGGAACAGAUGUAUUGUGGGGUUGUCGAGGACCUUCACAGUACAGCUUCAGUGUUCGGCCGGUGAAUGGAUACAUGUCGAGCAAAAGGCGCAUGGGGAUGGGGACGCCGCGACAUGUCGCCUGAUAUCAGCACAGGCGUGCAGUAAGGUUUACACCAACAGUCAAAAUGGCCUGAUUGUCAUCUGUAAUGGGAAACAGUCAUGCCAUGAACCCUUGACCGCAAUACCCCAAACAAACUGUAACUACACAGAUGCUGCUGCUGAAGUACAGUACAACUGUAUCAAAGGAAGUAUGGAUAUGUGUAGUUCAGUCAGCACAACAGUAAACGGGUCGGUGUAUCUCCAUUCCCCGGGAUUCCCUGACAGUGUCGGUGGGAACGGCAGCUGUGUUGUCAGGAUCACAGGGGAGAAUAUACGAGUAACAUUGGCAGAACAGCGGAUAAAGACAGGGAUGCUUAACAUAUCAGUUGGCGGGAGAACACCCUGGACAAACUUGAACGUAGACCAAUACAACAGGGUGUUGCCGGGAACAGCUGCCGAAGUAGUAAUAGUCUACGAUAACCAUUAUCAGAAUGGGUCAAAUGUAUGGAUACGUGUUUCUGCUUCAGGUCAAAUGAACAUAACUGGGCGACAAACAUUAGAUGUAUCAACCACCCUAUCGCCCACGCCAACACAGCAGCCAUCACGUUCACAAGGUACAACCAGUCCAAGUACUUUGGAAACACUGACCACUGCAGCAACAACAAGUACACCUUUGACUUCUAUGGAUUCACUAACUACGUCAGUAGCCACAACGCUACGGAUAUCCAACGUCAUCACUAAACUGUCUGAAAGAACAACCUAUACUACUGCUCAGGGAUCAACCGACACAAUCUCAUCCCUUACCUCUACAGCCCUGUCAUCAACACACACAGACAAUGGAAGUAUUGUUUUACCCUUAGCAGUGGUGUGUGGUAUCAUGGGUCUCAUCAUCGUGGCGCUCAUCAUAUAUAUCAUGGUAAACAAGCUUUCCAGGAACUCGCACGGUAAUUCAUCUAAUACUGAAACGUCAGUUCAUUAUGGUGUGCAGAGCAUCCCUAAUGGACCCCAGGGAGAAGAUGACCUUAUUCCCACCAGUGGCACCACCAACACAUAUUCUGGCCUCAGCCAUGAUGUUGAAAGAAAUAUCUACAAUGGAAUUCAACGUAAUGCAAGUGAAGACGGUGACGAGCAUAGCUACGGUCACAUAAACAGUAGUGAAGGACCUUCGUACGUCAACUCGGUCAGUGGAGAUGAUCCAUACAUUAACGCCUAGAGACAACACACAAGCUAGUGUUUCAGAUUGUUGCAGCAUAUACCAUUAUUCGCAGGUAUAAGAGCGGUCAAUGCGCAUUUGCACUUAUCAGUUAUAACAUGUAACCGAUUGAACAAGUGACCGAUGACCAUUUUCGUGUGUGCUUUUAAAGAACCUGGGAUCUAGCUUUUCACGUGCAGCAUGUGUCCAGCAACAGUGAUUUGUUUUCGGUGCAGUGUGCACAGUUGCGUUUUUCACUUUCUGAUUUAUUGCUCCAAGGUGGUUCGAACCCGAACUGUCACCAGGGGACACAUAACUCUCACAGCACCAUCAUGAUGUUUAAAAAGGUUUAGGGCAAUUGCUCUUUUCACAAGUACGCUCAUCAAAAGCUAUUGUGUUUUCAAUGGCUUUGUGGUAAAUCCUCAUUCCACCCCAUUUUUCAAAGUUUCGUUUACUAGUAUCACCUGAUCAAUCAGCUUGCUUGAUAAUUAUAUUUAGUUUACUUGCUUUGUUAUGAAUUAAUAUUAUUCUAAGCUUUGAACAUAUCUGGUUAUGCUUUUUCACAUUCCUUUGAAAUAAAAUAGUGGUCUGUAUAUUCAGUGUGAGACUAACCAGUGUUUCUAUAACGGCGGACGUAUACAAAUACACUUUAUUUUGGAAAUGAUUUCUCUAAAGUUUGAAAAUGUGUUCUAUAUUUGUUCCAUUUUAUACACAUUCCAGUAAAUCCUUAUUCCAUAACAUUUCACAAUAUUUGAUUUAUCAACUGAUCAAUCAGCAUUUUUGAUAAAUAUAUUC